AUGGGGUUCGCCAAACCAGUGCUGGCCCACUCUAGACAUUGUUCUUUCCCUGUGGAAGUGCGGCUGCACCUGCGCCCAGAUGGAGCUUGGCCACAUCUCCUCUGCCGGACCUAUGGAAAACUCGCCUUUAACGAGAAGACAGGACUCAGGUCAUUGAAGGCUUUUGUUUCUGCCCCGAAUUGGCGAGAUUCGCUACAGCUCCCAGUGCACGGUAGACUUGAAGCAGGGAGCGCCUGCCCGGUCCAUCCCUCCCCGGCCCCGCGUGGCAAGCACCACGGGUUGAGGCGCCCCAGAACCGAGGAGAAGGGUUUGGGAGGCUGUGACUCCAAAGCCCUCGGCAACUUCCCGGCCCCACAGCCCCACCCACUACCACGCGGCCUUCCCCGCAGCCCGCAGGAGACACCUUCGUCCCCGCCCCUCCACAGGUCACCUCCCUCCACGCCCCUCUCUCUUGGCCGGGGCAGCCGGCAGGCAGGGAAGUGUCAUCCGUGCCUCCGCUGCCCUCAGCCGCCGCAGGAGCAGCAGCAGCUCAACGGAUUGAUUAGCCCCGAACUGCGGCACCUCCGGGCGGCCGCCUCCCUCAAGAGCAAGGUCCUGAGCGUAGCCGAGGUGGCCGCGACCACGGCCACCCCUGACGGAGGCCCCAGAGCGACUGCAACAAAAGGAGCCGGGGUACACUCUGGCGAGAGGCCCCCUCACUCCCUCUCUAAUAAUGCAAGAACUGCGGUCCCCAGCCCGGCGGAGGCAGCGGCGGCGAGCGAUCCCGCGGCGGCCCGCAAUGGACUGGCCGAGGGCACCGAGCAGGAGGAAGAGGAGGAAGACGAGCAGGUGCGGCUGCUGUCUUCGUCCCUGACCGCCGACUGCAGCUUAAGAAGCCCUUCGGGCAGGGAGGUUGAGCCUGGAGAGGAUCGGACGAUACGAUAUGUCCGAUAUGAAUCCGAGCUACAAAUGCCCGAUAUCAUGAGACUGAUCACCAAAGAUCUGUCCGAACCCUACUCCAUUUAUACCUAUAGAUAUUUUAUCCACAACUGGCCACAGCUGUGCUUCUUGGCCAUGGUAGGGGAGGAGUGUGUAGGUGCCAUCGUUUGCAAGUUGGAUAUGCACAAAAAGAUGUUCCGCAGAGGUUAUAUAGCCAUGUUAGCCGUGGAUUCCAAAUACAGGAGAAAUGGCAUUGGUACUAACUUGGUUAAGAAAGCUAUAUAUGCCAUGGUUGAGGGAGACUGUGAUGAGGUUGUUUUGGAAACCGAAAUAACAAAUAAGUCUGCUUUGAAACUUUAUGAAAAUCUUGGUUUUGUUCGAGAUAAGAGGCUGUUCAGAUACUAUUUAAAUGGAGUUGAUGCACUGCGACUUAAACUGUGGCUGCGUUGAGAAACCGACAUCGAGAAACAACUUUCAACCACACAGAAUCGACCUUUGCAUGCAAUGCAAUUUGUACAGAAUUGCUUUGCAGGUGGAUUUAGUAAUUUCCAUGCAGCUCUUAUCUGUCAGUGUCUCAUUGAGUGUCGCACAAUAUUUGUUGCACUUUGGCAUGGCGCAUUUGUUCUGAAUUAAAAGAUUGUUUUAAACUUCAGGAGUUCUUUUGGUACCAACAAGAUGUGCCAGUUGAUAGCCAAGAUUUAUGUGUUCACUUGCAAAGUCUGCUGACAAUGUUAUUUACACAGUGAUCAUUUUUUCACAGAACCAGUAAGUGGAACAUAAUUUUUGUUCCUUAAAAAAGCCAAUGUGGAUUGUAAAAGUCUCUAAGUAUACUAACAUUUCACACAAAACCUGCCCUAGUUUUCUGAAGGGGGUGAGGGAGAAGAUGCUUCAGUUUUAGGUUUAAUUUUUUCAAUAUUAAAUUUUCCAUUCUUGAAUAUUGGUACCUCAGUGAUUAGUGAAUGAAAAAAAUGUAGGGUGGGGUAUGUCUUACAAUGAGUAAAGGUAACAAUUAAAUUUUGUCUGCCAGUGCCUGUGUAGAUAGGUAUAUUUGUCUUCAUCUCUAGUUUUUGAAUGCAUGCUAUCUUUUCCCUUUCUUUAAGGCCUUUGCAAGCACACUUUUGUUUUUAUUUAAAUUCUAAAUUUGAUAAUAAAUUAUUUCAGAUUUUUAUAAUUUGGAUACUUUUUUUCAGGUGAAUAACAGAAUGGUUUACUUUAGAAGUCCCUUUUUCCUUACAGUAACAAGUUGAAUCUACUUGGAAAAUUGAGAAAUGGCUCAAAAGAGAUAAGAAAAGUUGAUGGAGCCGGGAAUUGCUGGGUUUUAGAUGCACUUUUUCUUUUGAGAGUAAGGGAAGUUUUGGAAAAGAAUAGAAAAUUAGUGUAAAUUGAUAUGAUUUUAUUUAAUCAAAAUUACUGCUAUGCUGUGAAGAACAGCUUUUACAAAGUAGCUGAAUUUGUUUUUCCCACUUGAUUUGGAUUCACAUUGCUUUCAUUUCUUAAAAUGCUUCCCUUUAGGUUCUUGGUCUUGGAAAUAAAUUUCAAGGUGCAUUGUAUCCAUUUUAAGCUGCUUUAUUUUAUUUUCACUUGUAAGAGCAAAUUCUUAGGGGAGCUUUGCUUUUCUUCUGCCAGAAAAACAAAAGGGGGAAAUGAAAAUCUUUUUUGGAAUGAGUUCUGUGGGUUUUCUUAACUGCCACCAUGUUUAUUAGUUACAUUGUGUUUUGGCCAAUCAGUGCAAUGUAACAAAUUUUCAAGUUAAUUGCUUUCAAUUGAGUCAGUAAACCUGUGAUAGAUAAUUUAUUUAACUGGAAAACCUAGGUACCCUUAAGAAAAAAGAUUCAUUCUCUGUGAAAACUGUAGGAAUCUGUUGUUGUUGUUUUCAUUUGAAUAUACUCUACUUCUGCUCUAGUAUUUGGUUUGGAAUAUAUUUUGUGGCUCUAAUUACUGUAUUUUUAAAAACCCUACCUCCAUUAACAGUUGGUAAAUGCCCCUUUUCAGGAAAGUUUGUUGCUUUUUUUUUUUUUUUUAAAGGAAAGCUGCUCUUUGCUCAGUAUAGUGUUUUGAAGGUGAACAUAGUAACAAAUACUUUAAAAAUAAAGAUACACAAUUUAUAUUUGAAAAUAAAAACUUUCUGCUGGUGGGAUUAUUUAUAGUUCUUUAUUUUUAAAGACAAUGUUUUCCAUUUUAUAUUGCUCGUGAAAGUUUAAUGGGCAGGAUACUGGUUAUAAUAAAAAUAUGGUAACCACACAGUACUCAGCUUUUCAGUAUGUUGUUGGUCAAACUUCAUUUAGGCACUAGCGUUUAGAAGAAUACCAACUAUAGUGAUGCUUUUAUUUAAUAUGAAGGAAAUUGAACUAAAACAUAUUUAUGUCAUCAAAUUUUAUUUCACUCCUUUAUAUUUGACUUGCUGGUUGAUGCAUAAUGGUUGAUGAACAUAUAUUUGCUUGAAUCAUAAUGGGGAUGGUUGUAAAGUAGAUAGAUGGUAGGUCAUUGGUUCAACCAUUUUAGUGUUUUUGCCAGAUUGUCAAUGAAACCAUCAUACUGACCUUUUCCUUUGAAAUUGCCGAAUUGACUGAACUGAUUGGGUGUUUGUAAACAUGACGUUAACUGUGUGACUAAAAAGUCAGAUGGUUGCCAUAUUGUUUGGUGUAUGUUAAAUGUCAGUGUAUGCCUUAUGUCUUUAAUUGGGUAUGCAAAAAUUUUUUUACUUAAGUAGAUUAAAAUUUUUAACCUCUAGCAUGAAAACCCAACACCAACACUGAAAGACUCCAUUCAGGUUGAAGUAGCCUCAAACAGUAAUUUACUUUUUGAUAAUAGGCUGUUAUUUUUCUUAAAUAAGCUUAAAAUAAUUCUAUUUGAAAUCGAUAGCAUGGGUUCACUUGGCUAAAACUGAGCAAAAUAGGUGCAACUUUCUUUUAAUGGGGUGCUGCCUCUUUAGGACUGACUGUACUAUCCACUGACACUGGUUUGGCAGUUGGUACUGCUGAACAUUUUUAUACAUGCUACCAUGAAGCUAUAUAUGUUAGUAUUGAAGAAGCUAACGGGUAUACUAUCAUUUUUGAUGUGUGGGCUGAUUAUAAUUUCCUGUACAUUGGGAUGAAACUACUUUAGCAAAGUCCACAGAUCAGAAACCAUACAGUAGUUUUUGAAGUUGAAACCAGCAAAAUAAGAAAAAAUUAAAAGUCAAUUUUAAUAUUUUCUGCCUCUUUCCCAAAUUACCCUUCCCACUUGCUCGACAAAUCUAUGUAAAGCAGUUUGUUUUUCAUGUUUUAACUUUACCUUGCCCUGUGUUAUGGUACUGGCUGACAUGUCUCAGACUGGAUGUGUAUAUUUAUUAUGGUGUCUAAAAAUCAUGAAGUUCAUCACUUUUCAGGAGUAUAGAUAAAAUCAAAUUGGUAGUGCAUCAGAGUUACUUUUCAGUGCACCAUGACAUCACUAAAAUGAGUGCUGUAAUGUUACAGGGCUUUCAGGUUUGUAAAAACAUAACCAUAAAUUAUAUUGACGUCAGAUAUGAGUUGAGUAUCUAUAAAAUAUCACGUGUAUCUCAAAAUAUUGGACUGCUGUUUGACUGGAUAUUGCUGCAUAAUUUUCUUCUAUUGUCCCAUAUCCUUUUGGAGAGAGAUUUAAUGGGAUUUGAAAUGUGCAAGCUGUCUAAAUAAGAUGCAGUCAAAUAAAGUAUGGUUAAGUUGUGUUUGCAUUUUU